UCGAGGGUUCUCCACUUGGCCACAACCGCCGCCGCUUCAGUGCUGAAUUUACUUUUGAUCCGAGAAGCAGAAGACAAAAGGAGUAACAAAGUGCGAGCAAAUGAUGCGGCGCGAUUGCCAUUGUCGCCGACUUGACGUGUGAAAGUGCUCAAUCAUCGCGAGCAAUGAAACUUUUGGUGUUUUUACUUUUGUUGGCGGCGGCCGGUGUUCUCUGUUCGGCCGGCGCCCCCAGCGAGGACCGCACCCCGUCCGCCUCCACCGCCAGCAGAGCCCUCAAAGACAAUAAGUUGACUAAGGACGAGGAGACUGAGGACGAUGACGAGAUCUCCCUCGGCUCCUUUUUCAACUCCAUCUUUGGAUUCUUCCGAAGCGGAUUUCAGUCCGUCUUUGGCGGCGACGAAGAAGCGGAAGUCAAGGAAUCAAAGCAGCCACCAAAGUACAAGAGAGUUUUCUAUAAAAGGUGGCGCCUGUACAGGGCGACCCCUAGGUCGCAGGACCAGUUGGACGAGAUGAACACAGUCGAAGAAGACUUUGAUAAAGUGUCAUACUGGAAGCGUCCGACGGCCAGAAACGAAAGCUGCGACUUCAUCGUCCCUCCAGGGAUGGUAGAUGUGAUUGAAGAUUUUCUCAAGGAGCGACAAAUCAAUUACGAAGUGGUCUCGCCAGACCUGCAGAAAUCGAUUGAAGCGGCAAACCCGCGAAUGACGAAAGAAAGGAGAGACGCGCUUAAAAAUGAGAUUGGCCAUUCUCUGACCUGGAGAAGGUACCACAGAUACACAGACAUUCUCGGCUACAUGGACUACUUAAAGCGAAAUUAUCCUGAUAUGGUUUCCACAAUAAAAAUUGGAAAAUCAACUGGUGGACUGCCAUUGCGGGUUCUAAAAAUUUCCACUCCUCAGGCCAAAAAUUCCGAGCCCAAGCCAGCGAUUUGGAUCGACGGAGGUACUCAUGCCCGAGAGUGGAUUUCCCCAGCUGUCACGACUUAUAUGAUCAAACAACUGGUCGAGUAUUCAAAAACCAACCGGUUGAUAGUCAACUCCUUUGACUGGUACAUUCUGCCCGUGCUAAACCCUGACGGCUACGAGUAUUCGCACACCACAGACCGUCUUUGGCGCAAGACCCGCUCUGAAAAUGAAGACGAAGGUCGCGCCCUUUGGAGCGACCUGUUCAGUUUCUGCUACAACAAGGUCGGCGUUGACCCGAAUCGCAACUGGGACUUCCAUUGGGGCAAGGAGGGAGCGUCGGAUAGUCCAUGUGCGGAAACCUACGCCGGGCCAAAAGCCUUUUCCGAACCAGAAGUGAAGGCCGUGGCCGACUUUUUGAUGGAAAACAAGGAGAAGUUCAAGAUUUUCCUCACGUUGCAUUCAUAUGGGCAAAUGUGGCUCUUACCCUGGAGCUUCACUGAGGAGAAGGUGAUUGACCACGACGACCUAAUGAACUUGGGGAAAAAGGCCACUGAUGCUAUUGCCAAUAUUAGAGGGACAAAAUAUAAGCUUGGGCCAACAACAAAAUACCUCUACCAUUCUGCAGGUAGUGCAGAUGACUGGGCAAAAGGAGUUGCAGGAAUUAAAUAUUCAUACACAGUCGAGCUCCCCGACAAAGGACUCAGCGGAUUCCUGCUGCCAGCCAGUGAAAUCAUUUCAACUGGCAAGGAAACUUUUGCCGGUAUUAAGGCCAUGGCUCGAGGUUACCUUGAAGAGCACCACCCUAACGCGAUAAUAGAGGUCAAGAAAUCAAAACCACCAGCGAAUGCCAACAAGCCAAACGCCAGGCCAACCAAGCCAAACGCCAGGCCAACCAAGCCAAACGUCAAGCCUGCCAACAAUCAGAAGACGACAUCGACCACGAGUCGGCCGACCACAACAAAAACCAUCAGUAGUUCGCAGUUGUUAAAAAGAAAAGCUGACCCUCAGGUGAAGCGAAACACGCCAAUUCGCAUCACUGUGGCAAAUGACAAACCAACCAGCAACCAGUCGGCAAGACGUGGAAGAAGUAAUGGAAACUGACUGCGCAGUGCUGAUUAAUAAAUAACAUUGUAUUGGUGAAAAGCAAUAGACUUUUGAGUGAAAGUAAUUUAUAUGUUGUUUGCAUGAUUUGUAUUAAUAAAUCCAAUUAUUUAUUGUAAUUAA